CUCAGACCUUUGGCAUUGUGCAAUGCAACAGAAGCCCCCAGUGGCUCCGGAAGACGGAGCUUCUUGCCUUUAAGCAGCUUGAGCAGGACUCCAAAGCUCCUAGUUUCACCAGGUCUGGAGCAAUAGCACUUCCCUCAGGGCUCGGGAAUGAUGGGGUGCUCGUUCCACAUUGAAAGCCACUCCGGCGCACAUGGAGCGAUCCUCCUGGGCAGAGCGAAAAAGUCUCCAUCAUCAUCACCAUCAUCUCUGGAUCCUGAGCGCGCCUUUCCUUACUGGAUGCUUCUUCCCACGCGGAGCAGCAAGGACGCGCCGGCCGUCGAAUGCCCAGGCGCAGACAGAAGCGUCCGGCGGCUACCGCGGGGUUCGGGCGCGUGGAAGCGCCGCGCCGCCGGGGCGUUCUCAUUCCUCCGCGCCCGUUAGCGGUCGCCUGUGGCCGCCGGUGCCGCCUGCCCUGGGCGCCCGCGAUGGCCCUGCUGGCGCUGCCCUUGGCCCUGGUCGCCCUCUCCUUCGUGGCCCCGCAGGGGUCUCAGCGGUCAUUUCUGCAGGUGAUUGUUCCUCAGAGGAACCCAGCUCACGCCACUGGAAAUAAGGAGAGGAUGGCAUUUGAUAUGAACAUAGAAGGGGAAUCCUUUUCAAUUUAUCUGAAGCAACAAGCCUUUAUAUCUAAUUAUUUUAGAGUUUAUACGUACAACAAAGAUGAUACCCCAGUGUCAUUUGUCCCUCCCAAUCAGCGGGAUUGCUAUUAUCAAGGCUACGUAGAUGGUUACACAGAUUCGAUUGUGAUGAUCAGUUCCUGCUCUGGGCUCAGUGGGCUGAUACAGAUUCAGAACAUCAGCUAUGGAAUUGAGCCCAUCGAGUCGGCCUCUGGGUUUCACCAUCUCGUUUUUCGGAUAGAUUACAAUGAUACAGACCUUCAGUUUUCGAAGCAGAAUUAUUCCAUUAAAUGGAGUACCACAAUAACUUCAAAGAAAGAUCCAGCAGAACCAAUUAACUUUGCCAUCCUCAGAUAUGUGGAAAUGCACGUGGUUGUGGCCAAAUCUCUGUAUGAUUAUAUGGGUUCCAACGAAGAUGUUGUCACGGGGAAGAUCAUGCAGCUUAUGAACUUUAUCAACACUAUGUUUUACAAACUGAACAUGAAGAUUAUCUUGUCCUCAUUAGAAUUAUGGAUAAACAAAGAUAAAAUCUCCAUCGUUGGAACCGCUGAUCAGCUGCUGGAGCAGUUUCUGAACUGGAAAAAUGAACACCUCACUCUGCGACCUCACGAUGCAGCUUUCUUAUUUGUUUACAGGAACAAGGCUGAUUCGGUGGGGUCAACAUUUGCCAAAAAGAUGUGCUCUAAACCCAGUUCUGGUGGAAUUGCUAUGUUUCAAAAUGGGAUGACCCUGGAAGCCUUCUCAGUUAUAGUGGCGCAGUUGCUGGGCUUUAGUGUCGGACUGUAUUUUGAUGACACCAGAGCAUGUCACUGUUCAGGGACUGUCUGCUUGAUGAACACCAGAGCAGCACAGUCCAGUGGCAUUAAAUCCUUCAGCAGCUGCAGCGUCAAAGAUUUUCAGAAUUUCCUCCACUCUGCAUUGUCGCAGUGUCUGCAGAACAAGCCACAGUUUGAUAUCUCCUACCGAGCCCCCCUCUGCGGCAACCACGUGCUCGAAGAUGGGGAGCAGUGCGAUUGUGGCACAGUGAAGGAAUGUGAAAACCAUCCUUGCUGUGAAUCGGAUUGCACUUUGAAAGCAGGAAUGCAGUGUGCCCAAGGAGACUGUUGUUUGCUGGGAAGCUGCAGGUUGAAGGCAAAAGGAACCUUAUGCAGAGAACUGGAGGACUCGGAAUGUGAUCUCAAAGAGUUUUGCAAUGGUACCUCUGCAGAAUGCUCAGAAAACCAUUACGUCGAGGAUGGACACUGGUGUGAACACCAAACUGGAGUUUGCAUGAAAGGAAGGUGCCAAAGUGCGGAUCGAUGGUGCCGAAAAAUAUUCGGAGCACAAUCCAAAAGUGGAUCUCUUCAAUGCUACGAGGAAAUUAACAGUCAAAAGGACAGGAUGGGUCACUGUGGUUCGACCGCAAAAGGAUACCAGGACUGUCAGUGGCAGGACUUGAGGUGUGGCAAGCUGGUCUGUGACUAUCCGAAUAGAGUUCCUUUCUUUCUGGAAAACGCCGCCAUCAUUUACGCCAAAGUGCAGAAUCGCUUAUGUGUCACUCUAGAUUAUUUGAAGGGGCCAGGAAUAAAAGAUCCAUUUCUGAUUCACGAUGGUACCGUCUGUGGAGAUAACAAGGUUUGCAUGAAUCAAAAGUGUGUAGAGCGAGCAGUAAUAAGAAUGACCUGUGAUGCAGAAACAAAGUGUCACGGGAAAGGAAAGUGCAACAACAAAGGCAACUGUCACUGCAACGUAGGCUGGGCUCCCCCUGACUGUAACGUAGCGGAUGAAGGAGGCUUAGGCGGAAGCAUCGAUAGCACUUUCCGAAGCGGUGUAGUCCGGAACGAUCAUCAGCCCAAAAAGUUUUCAACAAGAAACUGGCUUCUUGUGGGUUUCUUUGUCUUUCUGCCUGUUGUGAUUGGCGCCAUCCUUUUGGCCAUCAAACUGAGACAAGCGUUGUUGCAUCCAAGCAUGGAGGAGGAAAAAGAUGAGGAGGAAGAAUAUGAUACCGAAGGGUCUAAAUUGCAGGAAGUCCACCAGUCACAGAGUGCAAGUGUAUAGGCAGUGACCACAGAUGUUGCCAGAAGCUGACCCAAUUUCCAAAGGGCUGCAAAAGAUCACCUCAUCAGGAAAUGCAAAGCAAUUUAUUUCCCUUCUGUCUGAGCCCUUCGCUCCAUCUCUUUCUUUAACCUGUAAUAUAAUUAUUCAAACAUUUCAGUAUCUACAAUAAAA